GUUUAAUUUACGCAGAUCGAGUUGCAGCCCUUAAGGGGCGCUGGCAACACACAUCCAUAUGCAUAUCGUGCGGCCGUGAUGCAUGUCGACAUCCUUGCCUGAUUUGCAUAGCGAGGCCGUCCAUCGGCCGGGGGGGUUCUUCAAUUUGAACAAAGACACCAAGCUGCGCUCCAUCAAUCUGGAGGAUUUGAGAGUUCGCAACAGCGAAGAUCAAGAUGAAUUGGAACGCGAGGAGCGACGCAAACGGGGCUUGUACGGCCUCAGCAACAGUGAAAAGGCCUGUUUCAGCCGCUUCACGCAGCCGUCGCUGGAGGCCGUGCGUCGCGCGACAGCCUCGAAGGAGGAACGGCGGCGCUCCAAGAGCACCGCGCGCUCCGAAGCCUCCGGCGGAAGCGGGACGGCCUCCAAGAGCGACGCGAGUCCAAAGGGACAGAAAAGGAGACUGGCCAUUCUCGUGAACAAGCAAGCAUUGACAGACCUGGAGAUGACGGAAGAAGCGGUGCAUCGCAUCUUGCGCGUGCUCUUUCCCUCCAACCCUAGCGCCAUGGCGCGGGUCGGAAGCAGCUACCGACGUCAGCGGGGGAAGAGCGAUAAGAUGUUGGCAUUUCAAAUGUCCGCGUGCAACACCUUGCCGCUUCUUCCCAGCCUGAACGACGGUGAAUCACUCCGGACGUCGCCGGCCAUGCGACGGAGCUUCAGUAGCUCCUUCAAGACGAUGAGGAUGGAACGGGUUGAGAGCAACGGGAAGGAGCCGAAGCCGGAGCGCCGUCCAUUGCAAUCCCCGAGAACAGCCCUGGAUCAAUCUCUCAAGAAGAUCUGGCCCACAGCUGAUGCGCAGCAAGUGAAGAAGAUGGGAGAUCUGCUGAAGCGCGAAUUGAACUUGAGAAGCCACGUGAAACAGCCAGGUGAGCAGCUUCCACGUCGACAACCUCUCUAUGUGACACCGGACGCUUCUGGAACCAAAAGCAAUGUCAGAGAGUUCGUGAAUUCUGCCAAGUUGGAGUCGAGCUUGGCGGGUGAGGUGUGGGACAGCAACGCAUCGGGCAAGGACGCGGAUCGAGUGGUCUUCCACCGGAUGAAAAACGCGGCCUUCUUGGUGAGCAAGAUCGGGGAAAUUACCGAGCAGAUCAACAAGGAGAGAGCGGAGAUUCGAAAGUUAAAGUCACAUCGAAAACAAGUGACCGCGCCGCUGAACGAUGAAUGUAACUUUUCGCUUCGAAGUUUCCGCAAGAGGUUGCUGGGCAAACAUCAGUGCUUGGCUGAUGCCUUUCGGGUUCUCGAUCUGAAUGUGAACCAGAAGAUUGGCCCCCAGGAGUGGGGUGCCAUGUUCCGUGGCUCGGGAUUGGCCACGUUUCGGGAGG